AUGGCCGAACUGGAGCUGUGUAACGACCAGUUAUAUAAUGCUGAUGAGUCAGGCUUAUUCUGGAAACUUCUGCCAGAAAAAACGUACGUGUCCAGUAUGGAAAAGAGAGCCCCAGGCGUUAAGUCGGAAAAGCAGCGAAUCACGUUUUUAUGUUGCUCAAACGCCACUGGAUCUCAUAAACUGAAACUUUUGGUAAUUGGAAAGGUAAAGAAUCCACGCAGCUUUAGAAACUUUCAAUGCCCCACAGACUAUAAGAGCUCAAAAUCCGCCUGGAUGACGUCGGCUGUUUUCAAGGAAUGGUUUCAUGAGUCCUUCGUUACACAGGUAACGUCAUUUUUAAAGGAGAAAGGUUUGCCAAUUAAAGCUCUACUCCUAAUCGACAACGCUCCUUCUCACCCAAAUGAAGUUCAGCUGGCAACGGAGGAUGGACAAAUUUUGGCAAUGUUUAUGCCACCAAACGGUACUCCCCUCAUCCAACCAAUGGAUCAAAAUGCCAUAAAGAUCACAAAGUUGCAUUACAGAAACAGCCUUUUAGCCUCAAUAGCAGCUACAAACUCCAAUUUACUCGAUUCGAUGAAAAAAAUUACUUUACGAAGAGCUUUUGGAUGCCGCUUGGAGUCGUGUCAGCGAAAUGAUGACGAUCCCGAAGAUAGUGUUCCGCUCGCAGUUUUAAAAGAAAAAUGGGGAGCUGAACUUCGCGCCUUGAUGAGCAAUACCGUCGAUCUCCUUAACAGUUUGAAUGCUGAGGCUGAAUUAACGCUACUAGGCCUUCAUGAAUGGAACGAAGAUAUUGAAGAUGAUAAUGCAAAUGACGAGCAUGAAGAAGAAGACGAUUCCGAUAAAGGCAGCGUAUCGGAGGUAGAGGAGAAAAUUAAGCGGACUGAAGCAGUUGAAAUUUUCAACAAGGCGAUAAGAUGGGCUGGUCAUGAAGACGUCGAUCCAAAUGAUGUAAAUGUACUAAGACGUCUAAGAGAGAAAGCUGUGCUCCAACCUUUAGAAACACAGAAGAUACAGAAAAGGAUGACUGAUUUUUUCAAAUAA